UCGCCACUGUCGUUCCUCCCAACUCUCAAGCUAUUUCUCUUGCCAAACCUAUACGGAACCCUGGCUUAAAUGCACUGAAGACAAUUGAAGAUUCAUAUGUUACGCAUGGCGGCCAAUGGAGCACAGCCGAGCAUAUGGGUUUCUAUGAAUUAUGUUCCACCUCGAGGGUCAUGCCAACACAAGUCUGGAAUGAUGGCCUCAAAAUGUCCUUGCAUGAGGUUUAUGAUACAUCCCUUGAAGGUCGCCACAUCUUUCGAAUGCGAUGGCUGCAACCACCACGCAUCCUUCCACAGCAUGGAGAACAAGGAGGAGGACGAAAUCGUGAAGCGGUGGCGCGUGCAGGAGGCGGAUGAAGCAUCGCAAGCCACCGGGAAUAAACGAAAGCGACCGCGCAAUCAGAUCGAGUUUCAGAGCGCUUCGGGGGCGCUCAACGACAAGAUGGACCUCGGGGGCGACACCCAAGUACGCGAGUUUGUUCCCGCUCCUAGCACGCGACGGACGAGAGGCAAAGCUGCGAAGCGGACGGCGCCGGUACCGGGUAGUGGCGAUGCUGGCUACAAGGUUUAUGAAAUCUUGGACGAAGAAUAAGGACAUUAGCGAAGCAGUACGCGGUAGUAGAAAAGGGAUGUCGCCUAGGCAAAGCUGGGGAGGUAGUUGAUGGCGAAGACGGGUCAAGGGUUUGGCAUUGCAACUAAUCGAAGCCUCCUACUUAUUGAUAACAGAUAAAGGGAUAAGAUUGUAAGAUAUCGAUGGGAAUAGAGGAGGUCUCGCAGCAGAAUUCGACAACACAAUGUGGGACUGAUGGAGAGAUGACAAGUAUGUAUGAGAAGAUCGGCAAGAACUCGAUCUGCCUUGAUUCAAAGUUACUGUAUGAUCCGAUAUGGAAGAGUUUCUCUGCCAUUUUGUUGGUGGUCAGCUCCGGCGAGGUGGGAGCAGCCCUCAGGAGGCGAAAGGAUUGAGAAGACCUUGUCUCGGACUAGCACAUAGGCGAUAAAUCUACCAUAGCUAUUCCAACGAAAUACAAAUGUUAAACGGACUCCA